AUGGAUCACGAACCGGCCACGUCUUUAGACGUUCCUGAGCCGUCAGUCCUGACAAAUCAAUUUACACAGGAAAUGCAGAUGAUAAGUGAUCUCAGAGGACAAAUGGAGCAACUUCAACGAGAAAUGUUGGAAUUACGAAAUACCGUUACAUCUUACAUGUUAAAGUUCGCGACACGUACACUUGUGACUAUGAAUGAAUCAACGCCUACCAAUAGCAGUGUCGAUUGGCGGGACAAAUCCAAGUUCACGGGGUAG